AACAGACUUGUCUAGUUUUUACUACCAAACAGAAACCUCCAUGUGGCAACCCAGAAAUUGGGCUAUUCAGCCAAUCGCCACCAGCCAUUACUGACCCUCCAAUUCCCUUCAACCAUCUUCUUUUUCUCAUUUCUCCAUCGCAUCCAUGCUUUUCUUCGGCUCCACCCUAAACGCAGGCUGAGAUUUCCUCGAAUUUAACACAGUAAUUUUCGAAGCCCAUUUUUUCCCACAAACAAACCAUCAUGAACAACUAAACUAGUAUUUGCUAACAAAAUCCAAUUCAAGGAUUCAUCCUCAAGCUUUGAAAACAACCAACAAAAAAGGUAUGCCAUCUCCAAUCUUGCCCAUAUCCAGCCACCCUUCCUCCUCCGCAUCGGCAGCCACAACGGUGGUCAAAGCUAAGAUCGAUGCUGACCCAUCGGCCACCAUCCUCAUUUCGUCAAAAUUCGAUCCUGAAAAGGCUAUUCCUAUUACGCCUGUCCUACCCAGAGCUUCGAGUUACAAUUCCACAAGCAAUGUUAACAACAAUAUUGUUUCUUUUGCCAACAACCAUCAGCAGAGAUUUCUCCGGACUUCCAGUGAUAGCUCGCUCGCUUUGCUAGCCGAUGAGACUCCCCGCCAGUCUAUAAGCCGGGAAGUGGGCCAUGUUGCUGCCGAGACGUUUUACCUUUCUGGAUUAUGUUUGAAGCUCCUUAGUUAUCUCGGGGUAGGCUAUAGAUGGAUCACAAGGUUCCUUGCCCUUGGUUGUUAUGCUAUGUUGCUCAUGCCAGGUUUUAUUCAAGUUGCUUUUUACUACUUCUUCUCCAGACAGGUCCGUAGGAGCAUAAUAUAUGGUGAAAAGCCUAGAAAUAGGCUUGAUCUUUAUUUGCCUAAAACCAGCCAGGGGACAAAACCCGUGGUAGCUUUUAUAACCGGUGGGGCUUGGAUUAUUGGUUAUAAAGCAUGGGGUUCUCUUUUAGGUCAACAGUUAUCAGAAAGAGACAUCAUAGUGGCAUGCAUAGACUACAGAAAUUUUCCACAGGGUACAAUAAGUGACAUGGUGGAGGAUGCUUCUCAGGGCAUCUCAUUUAUUUGCAAUAAUAUUUCUGAAUAUGGAGGUGAUCCCAACAGGAUUUAUCUUAUGGGGCAAUCAGCUGGUGCACAUAUUGCUGCUUGCACACUUGUAAACCAGGCAAUCAAAGAGACUGGCGAAGGCGACAGUGUUUCUUGGAGUGUGUCCCAGAUAAAAGCUUACCUCGGUUUGUCUGGAGGGUACAAUCUUUUUAACCUCAUAGAGCACUUUCAUACUCGAGGUUUAUACCGUUCGAUCUUUUUAAGCAUAAUGGAAGGGGAAGAUUCUUUGCAUCAGUUCUCUCCUGAAGUUCUGGUGCAGGACUCAGACGUUAAGCCUGCUGUUUCUCUCCUUCCUCCUGUCAUUCUUUUUCAUGGUACUGCAGAUUAUUCUAUUCCUGCGGAUUCCAGUCAAAAUUUUGCUGAUACGCUUCGAAGAGUUGGAGGGAAAGCAGAAUCCAUAUUGUAUUAUGGAAAGACUCACACAGAUUUGUUUCUUCAGGAUCCCAUGAGAGGCGGCAGAGAUGAGAUGUUUGAAGAUGUUGUUGCCAUCAUACAUGGUGAAGAUGAAGCAGCCCUUGCAAAAGAUGCCGUGGCGCCUCCAAGAAGACGCCUUGUACCUGAGUUCAUGUUGAAAUUGGCUCAUGAUGUCAGCCCUUUCUAGCCAUUCAUCAUCUGUUACUCUCAGAUGCUAUGAAAAUGAAUUGUAUCCAUGACUAUAACAUUAAUAUAACAACAGCGGAAGUAAGUUUGUA